CAUCAAAUUUUAUUUCUUGUCAUCUUUGUUGUCAUGGCAACUUAAUGGAAAAGAUAGGCUUGAAGUGUUGAUAUAUGUUUUAUAUCAUUUUUUACAAACAAUUUUUUUUUGGUAGGUAUAAUACAUGACGAAAUGACUCGCAAGCUACAUUCGGCUAUCAUCACUAUUUUCUCAAUCUAUUGUAUAUAGAAGAACAACCCCCGCCAUAUUUAUUUCUAGUAUUUUUCUCUCGACGCUGAACGCAUCUUCGAAUUAUAUAGGGUGAUUCAUUUGUUACGCAGUACAUUGAAAAUUACUUUUUGACAUUAGAAUACGUUAAAAAUUUAAAAGGUUUCAAAUUUUUAGUGUCUAAAUUUCUAAACUUCCAAAUUUAAAGAUGGAGAUGAAUGACGAUAUGAAUGAUGGCAAUAUGACAAAGGGGUAGGAGUUGGUCGACGGUGGGGAAGAAAAUCAUCUGGUAGUGGGACCGUGUAACUCUCAGCGGGGAGACUACUUUGUCAUGCUUAUUAUACGUGAUAAUUUUUCAACUAUUAAUUUAAGGAAUUAUUUUAUAUUUGUUUAUAUUAGAUGGAAGAUAGUAAAAAAUUUACAAAUAUUGUAUAUAUAAGUUUAGAUGCAUAACUAUAAUAACAAAAAGUAUAGGAAAGAUGUAAAAUAUUUGUACAUUUAUACAUAUACAUCUUUAGAAUGAACACUCGUAACACUUGAUAACUACAACUGUCAUCUAUUAGUUAUAUUUAUACCCUGUAUCUUUAUUAUCCUCCCAAUCAUAGUGUUUAAAGUGCUUCAGUAGUGCUAUGACCACGCUAGCGGUAAUGUAAAAGAUGGGUGGUUGAAUCAUUCGUAAUAAUUUUAUUAAUUAUUAAUAAUUUCUGAUAAAUAAUUUAACAGUGUGAAACAUGAUGUAAAAUAUGUUAUAAAGUAAUCGUUACGUUAAUGAAUAAUCAUACUGUAAUAAUCAUACUGAUUAAUCUAACCGAGAUAUACAUUUGCUGACUCCUGGAAAAUAUGGAUAUGUUUAGUCUUCAUCAAUUCGUUGCAGCACCAAUAAAAAACCUUUUACAAUUUCAACGUAUAAAAGAAGUAAAGUGGAUGAAUCCUCGAGCAUGUACAAAUGAAGCAUAUGUACCUACUCCUAUAGAACAUGUAGCAAAUGUAGCUACUCAUGGAGUUUGGGUUGUUCCAUCUGUCCUGGGAGGUUUAGAACUUGUCCGGCGUUCUACAACAUGGACACAAUUAGUAUCAGCUUAUGUAUAUGGUACAUCAUUAAUACUUGUUUUUACAGUAUCAACAUUUUUCCACAGUGUGCAUUAUUGCAAUAAUAACAGACAACUCAAAGAUGCAUUACAUCGCUGCGAUCGUGCUAUGAUUUAUAUUUUUAUUGCUGCUAGCUAUUUUCCUUGGUUAAAUGUUGACCAUUUCCCAGAUGAUGAAUUACUUUUUGCAAUGCGUUACCUUGUUUGGAUAAUGGCAGUCUUAGGUAUACUUUAUCAACAAAUUUUCCAUGAACGAUAUAAAAUGUUAGAAACAAUUUUUUACCUAGUUAUUGGAAUUGGUCCUAGCAUUGCAAUUAUUAAUGUUUCUCACUACUAUGACAUUGCUGAACUAAAAAUGGGAGGAUUCUUUUACAUUUUUGGCCUGGUGUUCUUUAAAUCUGAUGGUCGAAUACCCUGUGCGCAUGCAAUUUGGCAUGUUUUUGUUGUUAUAGCAGCCGGGUUACAUUACUAUGCUAUACUAAAUCAUGUCUUUCCUAUAAUUGCUUCACCUGAUAACUUUGUGACAACAGAUGUGCAAUCAUUACCUAAAUUACUAACAUCUCAUAUUGAAGAAUUAUAAAAAUAUAUUUUUAGUAUGAUUUUCCUAUAUGACAAAGAUUGUAUAAAGUAGCGAUUUCUAGACAAAAUUUAUAUAAAAGUAUUUUACAAAUUCUAUUUAACUUUAGAGUAUGACAAACAAACUAACUUUUUAUAUGAAUUGAUUUUUAACAACUAGUAAAUUUCUAGUAUUAAUUUAUAAUUAUAAAUUUAUAUUAAAAUUAGUAACGAGAAAUUUUAUGAUUAGUUAAUUCCAAAAAUAGAAAGUAUAUAUGUUUAGAAAACAAUUACAUUCAGUACCUGAAAGGAAAUUGUAUUCACAAACUGUGAAUAUUUAUCAAAAUGUUACAAAAUGGACUGCAAGCAAAAUGGACUUCAUUAUUAUAGAAAAAUUAGUAUUUAAAUUAUAAAUUUUAAUGUAUUUAUAUCAAAAAAACUAAUUGUGUGGUUUAAUAUUUUUAGAAAUUAAAUGAUUAUAGUCCUUUCAUAUAAUGCCUAUGAUCAUAAUACAUUUUAAUAACUAAAACAUUCUACGAUUAUUUUUUAAAAUAUGUUAUUUUUUCUUGAUAGUACAUAAAUAUUUGUAAAAG